AUGAGUGCCACUCAUGAUUUAGCUACAACAACACAAGAAGCAGGCGCCGCGGCUGCAGAUGCUCACAAAAAAGCAGAAGUGUCAAAUCAGGAACCAGCUAGCGAACCGACUGAGCCCAUUUUUACCCCGGGGAACGUUGCAUCGAGUACUGGCAGUGGUGCCGAAAGCGCUGAAAAAUCGGUUCCGGGUCUGGCCGCAGAAAAUGUUGAAGGAAAAACGGAUCCUGCGAUGAUGCGUGAAGCCGCUGGAGAACAAACGGUGACGGCAACAAAUCAGAAAGCAGAUUGGUUGCACCAGAUGCGUACGUAUCGUGCAGAACUGGAUGAAGAAUUGAGUGGUGUUUCCAGUCUAAGUGAUUUGGCCAGUUACACAACAGAACGAGUUAAACACUGUCUACGUAUGAGCCGAAGAAUGUUUGCUGUAGCAGAAAAAGGCUGUGAAAAUUGCGCCAUGAUAUGUGUCGAACUGAACGCAUUUGCGGAUAGAUUCUACAAAAUGCUAGAUGGGCAGCACAUAACGACAAGUACCGAGGAUCCUCUAGCAAAGGAUGCGAAAGAAACUGCGAAAAUCAUCGAAAAGGUUGCUUGA